CCCCCCGGUGGCCACAGAUUGGCGAGAUUGAGCCUGGGAGGAGGAUCUCUGGACUGUUUACCGGAGGAGGUCUUAGUAGAUGGCAUCAAGGAAGCCGGUGUUGUAACGGAGAGGAGUGGCAGGGUUGCCUUGCAGGAUAUACCACAGGGCCUCUCGCUGUCGCCUUGUGUCCGCUACGAGAGGCCCCGGGCUGAUAUAGGCCGGACAUGUAGAGGGUGACUGGAUAUGGAAUACAAUGACAAGUUGGCCCGUUUCCGUCAGGGUCAUCUCAACCCCUUUAAUAAAACACAAGAGGAGGAAAGACUUCCUGAGGACAAAGAAGACUUGCCAAACGAUUGUCAUCUGGUUUCUGAGCACUUUGAGACAGAAUUCCUCUGUCCAGAGAGAGUUAUGGACCUGGGAGUGUCAGAGAAUCAUUUCUCCCGACCUGUGGGGCUUUUUCUGGCUUCAGACAUUCCACAGCUGAGACAAGCUAUUGAAGAGUGUAAGCAGGCGAUUCUAGAGUUGCCCGAGAACUCGGACAAGCAAAAGGAUGCAGUAGUCAGACUUAUUCAUCUGCGACUCAAACUGCAAGAGCUUAAGGAUCCCCAUGAAGAUGAACCUAAUCUACGAAUAUUGUUGGAACAUCGAUUUUACAAGGAAAAGAGCAAAAGCGUGAAACAAGUGUGUGAUAAGUGUAGUACAAUUAUCUGGGGCUUAAUCCAGACCUGGUAUACCUGCACAGGUUGUUAUUAUCGCUGCCACAGCAAAUGUCUAAACCUCAUCACAAAAUCUUGUGUGAGGUCAAAGGUCAGUCAUCAGGCUGAGUAUGAGCUGACCAUUUGUCCAGAGGCUGGGUUGGACAGUCAGGAUUAUCGCUGUGCUGAGUGCCGUGCUCCCAUCUCAUUGAGAGCAGUACCUAGUGAGGCGCGUCAGUGUGAUUACACUGGGCAAUAUUACUGCAGUAACUGUCACUGGAAUGACCUUGCUGUCAUCCCGGCCCGUGUCAUUCAUAACUGGGACUUUGAGCCACGGAAGGUAUCUCGGUGCAGUAUGCGGUAUCUGGCACUAAUGCUUAACCGCCCAGUGCUGAAACUUCGGGAGAUUAAUCCUCUGCUUUUUAACUAUGUGGAAGAGUUGGUGGAAAUCCGGAAGUUGAGACAGGACAUUCUCAUCAUGAAGCCUUAUUUUAUCACGUGCAAGGAAGCUAUGGAAGCGCGUCUGCUGCUGCAGCUCCAGGAACGUCAGCACUUUGUGGAGAAUGAUGAUAUGUAUUCCUUGCAAGAUUUGCUUGACGUAAGCAGUGGGAAGCUAGGGUGCUCCCUUACCGAGAUACACACCACAUUUGCUAAGCACAUCAAGUUGGAUUGCGAGCGAUGUCAAGCCAAGGGCUUCGUGUGUGAGCUUUGCAAAGAAGGUGACAUUCUCUUCCCAUUUGACAGUCACACAUCUGUUUGUCAGGACUGUGCUGCUGUGUUCCAUCGGGACUGCUAUUAUGAUAACUCCACUAGUUGCCCCAGAUGCACAAGGAUGAACCUUCGGAAGCAGAUACAAGAGCCAGAGCAGCAGUUGUAGCAGUGAGGGAUCGGCAGAUAUGUAUAAAAGGGACAAAGCUUGGGCUGGCAUUGGCUUUUUUACUGCCGUAUCACAGCAGGGUCUGUGAACAUGAGGAUUAAAAAGCAGGCACUGUCCAGGUAGUCGAAAAAUACAUUUUUAGUUGUGGUAAAUUUGUUCUUCUAUUUAAUUUCCAAUCUGCACCUGGGGGGCCAACGCACCUUCCAGACCAGUGCGCAAAGACGAACUCCAGCACUGCCAGGUCUGAUACUAUAGCUGCUUAGAGGCAAGGAGACAUGUCGGGUUUGCUUCAGAUGAACUCCUCUAAUGGGACUGGCUGAUCGAUCUGCCUUCAUAUACACAUCUGAGGUGCCUUAUUAACCGUAUGUACACAGUGUCACGAUCUGUAUAGUCUGUUUCUCCCCAACAGUAUGUUACAACUUCAUCAUCAAAUGUGACAAAUUUCAGCAAACCUUUAUAAUGUAGAGGUGUCACAAAGGACUCAUUCGCACAGAAAAGGAAACCAAUCAGAGCUCUGUGUCUGCUAUGAGAGGUGGGACUUAGGAUCGGCACUUCAAUGUCACUGCAUAGCGUGAGGAAUAUUCUCUAAAACAGAUGAAGAUUUGCUCUACAUCCUUACUCUCAGCUGGCCCAAUCAUUUUACACAAGCAGUUUAUCUGUACACUUAUAGGAUGGGCAUGUAUUUUGUUUGGCCUCUGUGUAACUAGAGAUGGAUUUUGAUGGAUUUGUUGUGUUAUCUUAAUUAAAGGGACAUUGUACCGUAAAA